AUGUCGGGCCUCGUCGAGCCCAUCAUGGGCGAGUCGAAGAAGCGCGUGUGCUACUUCUUCGAUUCGGACAUUGGCAACUACCACUAUGGACCGGGCCACCCUAUGAAGCCUACGCGUAUUAGGAUGUGUCACUCGCUCGUCAUGAACUAUGGCCUCUACAAGCAGAUGGAGAUCUUUAGGGCAAAACCCGCGACGAAGCGUGAAAUGUCUCAGUUCCACACUGACGAAUAUGUCGACUUUCUCCACCGCAUCACCCCCGACAAUGAGCACCAGUUUGCCAAGGAGCAGGUGAAAUACAAUGUCGGUGACGACUGCCCCAUCUUUGAUGGGCUCUUUGAGUACUGCUCCAUCUCGGCCGGUGGAUCCAUGGAGGGUGCUGCUCGUUUGUCCCGUGACAAAUGUGACAUUGCGGUCAACUGGGCUGGUGGCCUCCACCACGCCAAAAAGGCUGAGGCCAGCGGCUUCUGCUACGUCAAUGACAUUGUCCUCGGUAUCCUCGAGCUUCUCCGCUACCACCAGCGUGUUCUCUACGUCGACAUUGACGUCCACCACGGUGACGGUGUCGAGGAGGCCUUCUACACGACGGACCGCGUCAUGACCACCAGUUUCCACAAGUACGGUGAAUUCUUCCCCGGCACUGGUGACGUGCGUGACCACGGUAUUGGCAAGGGCAAGGGCUACGCCGUCAACGUGCCGCUGCGCGAUGGCAUGAGCGACGAAAACUACCAGACCAUCUUCCGCCCUGUCAUCAAGCGCAUUAUCGAGUGGUACCAGCCCGGUGCCAUUGUCCUCCAGUGUGGUUCCGACUCGCUCUCGGGUGACCGUCUCGGUUCUUUCAACCUGUCUAUGCGCGGCCACGCGUCGUGUGUUCAGUACAUCAAGUCGUUCAACCUCCCGCUCCUCAUGCUCGGUGGUGGUGGCUACACUGUCAAGUCGGUCUCGCGUACAUGGGCCUACGAGACGGGUCUGGCUGCCGGUGUCGAGCUCGGUGGCGCGAUCCCCAACAACGAGUACUACGAGUACUAUGGUCCCGACUAUGAGCUUGACGUCAAGCCGUCCAACAUGACCGACCACAACACGCGCGAGUACCUUGACAAACUCAAGGAGACUGUGUUUGAGAUGCUGCGUGACAAGACUGGCGCUCCCAGUGUUCAAAUUCACCAGGUGCCCAAGCUGGCACACGACGACGAGGACGACAAUGAGCUGGAGGACGAGGAGGACAAGGACAUUAGGAGACCAAUGCGCCUUUGGGACAAGGAGAAGCAGCACGAGGCGUCGCUGUCCGACUCGGAGGACGAGGGACUUGGUGGCAGGCGACACCGCCAGUCGCACCGCGAGGGAUCCAAGGCGUCGAACGGCUCGAGGACACGAAGGCGGCGUUCGCUGUCGCCCUCAGCAGCCGUCCAGCCUGCGGCGUCUACCUCGGCUGCGCCCGCUCCUCCCGCCGAGGCAACUGUUGCGGCCACUCUGGCUAUCAAUGGCGACCGUCACGGCGUGACCAAGGACCCUGUGGACAUUAAGAACUGGGCCGCCAACGUCGAGAAGAACACCGAGCAGGCCGCCGAGCCAAGCACCACUGCUGCUGCUGAGGCGUCAACCGCCGAGGCACCUGCAGAGACCCCCGCCGACGCGCCUGCUCCCGCUGCUGAGUCUGAGCCUGUUGCUGCUGCUGCUGCAGCAGCUGUCGACGGCGAUAUCGAGAUGGCCGACGCCAGUGCUCCGACUGAGCAGCCCGUCCCUGAGAAGACUCCCGUCACUGAAGCCCCCGCAGAGGCCGUCCCAGAGACCCCCACUGAGACCCCUGCCAAGCCCAUUGUCGCCGAUGAGCCUGCUCCUGCUACCGAGACGCCUGCGGUUCCGGCUGUGCCAGAGCCCACGACCGCCGAGCCCGCAGCGCCCGUUGAGGAGGCUCAGCCGAAGGAGACCACUGAGGCUGAACCCGCCAAGACAGAGGAGACUCCAGCGCCUGUCCCGGAGGCGGAGACCGUCCCUGCAGCUGCACCUGUAGAGGAGCCUCGCGCCGAGGCGCCUGAUGCCGACGUUCCCGCUGCUCCUGCCGUUGCUGUCCCAGCGGCUCCUACUGCACCUGCACCAGUACCAGCACCAGCACCGACCGACGUGUCAGAGGCCGCCGCCGCCGCCGUCGCCGCCCCGCAACCGGAACCGGAAUCGGCCCCACCCGCUGCUGCCUCUGAAGGCGAGGGCAGCGCGGACAUUGUUGUGGACGAGGAAUAA